UUAAUUACUUAUUUUUCCCAUUUUAAGGGUAUUUUUUUAGUGUCUUAUAAUUAUAAUUAUAUUAGUUUAGUUGGUGAUAUAAUGGAGUUGUAUAAGAAAAAAAUAUGGUGUAUUUGUUUAUCAAUAUUUAUAAUGAAUUUAUUGGGUAUGGUAAAUGGAGAACCUCAAGUGCCUUGUUAUUUCAUAUUUGGAGAUUCAUUGGUAGAUAAUGGUAACAACAACAAUAUUGCUUCAUUGGCUAGAGCUAACUAUUUGCCUUAUGGUAUUGACUUUCCUGCUGGACCUACUGGCAGGUUUUCUAAUGGCAAAACUACUGUUGAUGUCAUUGCCGAGCAAUUGGGGUUUGACGAGUAUCCAGAGCCAUAUGCCCAAGCCAGCGGUGAAUCUAUAUUAAGAGGUGUUAAUUAUGCAUCUGCCGCUGCUGGGAUUAGACAAGAAACAGGACAACAACUGGGAGGUAGAAUUCCAUUCAGUGGGCAAAUAAACAAUUACCAAAACACAGUAUCUCAAGUGGUACAAAUUCUAGGGGAUGAAGAUCAGGCAGCCAGUUACUUAAGCAGAUGCAUUUACUCUGUUGGACUUGGUAGCAACGACUACCUUAACAACUAUUUCAUGCCUAUGUAUUAUGGUACUAGCCGACAAUACAACCCUCAGCAGUAUGCUCAAGUCCUUAUUCAAGAGUACUCUCAAAACAUUAGGUCAUUAUACAACUAUGGGGCCAGGAAGUUUGCAUUAAUAGGAAUUGGGCAGAUUGGGUGUAGCCCAAAUGAGUUGGCCCAAAGAAGUCCAGAUGGGUCGACAUGUGACGAACAGAUUAAUUCAGCCAAUAGGAUGUUCAAUGACCAGCUUAGGGAUUUAGUUGGAAAACUCAACGAUGAGUACACUGAUGCCCGGUUUGUGUACAUCAAUGUUUAUAACAUGUUCCAAGACUUAAUUGACAAUCCUGGUGCUUAUGGGUUCAGAAACACAAAUGCAGGGUGUUGUGGAGUAGGGAGAAACAAUGGACAAAUUACAUGUUUACCAUUACAAACACCAUGCCCAAAUAGAAAUGAGUACUUAUUUUGGGAUGCAUUCCAUCCAGGAGAAAAAGCAAAUGAUAUAAUUGGAAGGAGAUCAUACAGAGCUGAAUCAUCAUCAGAUGCCUAUCCUUUUGAUAUUGAGAGGCUUGCCCAGAUCUAAUUACUUCAAAUACAUAAUAAUAAUAAUAAUAAUUGAACAUUAAUUUUAUAUACAUAGAGAUAUUAUUAAUUUAUGAAUAUGCUUGCAUUUUAAGGAUGCUGAGGAGUACAAGCAUUCCCCAGUUAUUCCUUUUUUUUAUUUUUUAUUUUUUUGUGUUUUUUUCUUUUGUUAUUCAUUUAUAAGAUUAUAAUUUAAUUAUAAACA